AUGCAGGAUCAGAUAGGGAUUCCAGCCUGUUUUUCAUCAGGGGAGAAGAACAUUGAUGAAGAUCAUCAUCAUCUUCAUCAUCUUCAUCUUCAUCAAAAUCCUUCUGCAAUUACCAGGUCAGGCCAGAAUGUAUUCAUGUCAGUCUACCGGACAAAGCUCGCCGAUCAGUGCCGGUCGAUCGCCGUCGCCUGGUUCAAGAACUUGCUCAUCCAUGGCCUCUCUGUCUCCAUCCAGGGCCCUGAGGGAGACACUCAAUACACCUGCAGAGUUGAGGUCAAGAAGCCAUGGUGCUUCUGGAAGAAACAGGGCUCCAAACGCUUCCUCGUCGACAACGCCAAGCCCGUCCAUGUUUUCUGGGACCUCAAAGCUGCCCGCUUCAACGGCGACGUCGAGCCGACCUCCGAUUACUACGUCGCCAUUGUCUGCGACGACGAAGUCGUCUUGCUGCUCGGGAAUUUGAAGAAGGAGGCUUACAUGAGGACGGGAUGCCGCCCCGCCCUCAUCGAUCCGGUCCUAGUGUCGAGAAAAGAACACAUUUUUGGCAAGAGGAAGUUUCUUACAAGAGUUAAGUUCCACGACAAGGGGAGCUUCCACGACGUGUCGAUCGAAUGCAAGAACAGAGGCUGCACCGACGCCAAGAUCGAUCCGGAAAUGGAGAUUAGAAUCGACGGGCAUUUGGCUAUCCAUGUGAAGCAUCUGCAAUGGAAAUUCCGAGGCAACGAAUGCAUCCGUUUCAAGAAAGCUCGAAUCGAAGUUUAUUGGGACGUGCACGACUGGUUAUUCAGCCCCGGUUUACGCCACGCCUUGUUCAUAUUCAAGCCAUCCGCAGUGUCGUCGUCUUCUUCUCCGACAGCCUCGUCGUCGAACUCGACCGACGCCGGAUCGCCGGAGUUUUGCCUCUUUCUUUAUGCCUGGAAAGUUGAGUGA